GCGACUAAGCAGGGCCUGUGUGCGCCACUCUGCGGUACCUCGUGACGCGAGCUGUAAGUAGCGGAGAUGGGUACCUUCAACACAGUCGGCGGCCGUUUGCUUAUCGUUUUCACACUGACUGCAAGUACUCUUGGAAAAGCAGAAGAUGAACGGACACUGCAAGCCCACCUGACUCCCUGCGAGCUCAUCAAGUACCACGGCUACCCCUGUGAGCUCAGUUAUGCGACCACGGAUGACGGGUACGUGCUUGAGGUGGACCACGUCCCUCACGGUCGCGAGGGUAGCCCUUCCGCCGCAGGCGACCAGAAGACGUCUCGCUACCCGGUCCUGUUGGUGCCCGCCUUCACCAGCGCUUCGGACAUGUGGUUCCUGAAUUACCCUUCGCAAAGCCCUGGUUUCCUGCUAGCGGACAGCGGCUUUGACGUGUGGUCCAUGAAUUCGAGGGAAGCUAAACCGUACUCUAACCACACGACGCUCUCUCAGGGUGACCGCAAGUACUGGCAUUGGAGCUUCGACGAGAUCGGCCGCUACGACGUGGCGGCGUGCGUGGACCACGUUCUCAAGGCCACCGGCGCUCCCAAGCUCACGAUAGUGGCACUGUCCCAAGGUGUAACCAUAACCCUGGUCUUCCUGUCCACGCGCCCUGAGUACAACAAAAAGGUCGACCUUGUGAUUGCGUACGGUCCCGUGGCGAACAUCACACAUUCGGGGCGACCUUUGUCUCUGGCGAUGCCUCUCCUUCCACCUGUGCUUUUCGCUCUUGACCCCUUGUGCAGGGGAGCUUAUGUUGGAGUAGGUGGUGGUGUGAAGCGGUUUUUCUCAAAAAUUUGUGAAGUCGCCACAGGCCGCCUUUGCUCCCCUGCGUUCACCCUAACGCUCUUAAGCAGUCCAGCUCAGCUCAAUAAGACGCGUAUUCCCGUCUACGUCGGCCAUUUCCCUAUGGGUACGACUGUUCAAAACAUGCGCCACUACCACCAGAUUUACAAGGCGCAAAACUUUGUUAUGUACGACUAUGGUGCAACGGAAAAUCAGCGGCGCUACGGCCAGAGGGCGCCACCGGCUUACCCCCUGGAACUUAUCACCACACCCAUUGCUCUAUUCACAUCGGAAGGAGACUUUGUGGCUGAUGCUCGUGACGUAGCUGACUUGGUGACGAGACUCGGAUCGAGCGUAAUUCUCCACCACGUGGUCUCGGAGAAAAAGUUUGGGCACGUGGACUUCGCCUUGGGAUACAAUGCCAAAGAAUUCUUGCACAAUAUCGCUAUCGAUGUCAUCCGACAGCAUGCGACACGGAGGUCGUGAAAACUGCUGCCUUCAAAACGGAACCUUAGCUUGCCUAUGCCACCUUUGAGAGAGCGCUAUAAUAUGUGGUAAAGAUAUAAAAAUAACAAAAUUCUCGGUUCUUCGAGUAUAGUGGUGUACAGAAACGUGGUACUUCUUUUUGCAGACCGUUAACCUUCAGUUUACAAGACACUAUUCAAAGCACUAUUCUAGACACUGUUGUACCAGAUACUACAACACAAAAAGAUAAAUAUCCUGAUGGAGGUACCUAAAGUAUGACAUUACUUAAUACUUGACAUAUCAAUCGUACACUGAAAACAUUGUGAUGGAUGAGAGACUGGCACCCUGUUUUAAGUGUGUCGCUACAUAUCUGCAGCUGCAAAUAGGCCGAAUAAAAUUUUAAUAGGGUUGUGGAA